AUGCAGUGCAGUGCUCCUCUGUCGGGUGCCCAGCAGAAGGCGAGAGGCACUGGUGCCAAGCUGAAAGGAGUGUUGGAUCUGGAAGGGAACACAUGGCCUCUUAAUACUCUGGCCAGCAAGGCGAAGCAGGGAAAACAAGACAUAUCAGGAGAGAAGGCACGGAGGAGAGAAGGCACGGAGGAGAGAAGGCACGGAGGAGAGAAGGCACGGAGGAGAGAAGGCACGGAGGAGAGAAGGCACGGAGGAGAGAAGGCACGGAGGAGAGAAGGCACGGAGGAGAGAAGGCACGGAGAAGAGAAGGCACGGAGAAGAGAAGGCACGGAGAAGAGAAGGCACGGAGAAGAGAAGGCACGGAGAAGAGAAGGCACGGAGAAGAGAAGGCACGGAGAAGAGAAGGCACGGAGAAGAGAAGGCACGGAGAAGAGAAGGCACGGAGAAGAGAAGGCACGGAGAAGAGAAGGCACGGAGAAGAGAAGGCACGGAGAAGAGAAGGCACGGAGAAGAGAAGGCACGGAGAAGAGAAGGCACGGAGAAGAGAAGGCACGGAGAAGAGAAGGCACGGAGAAGAGAAGGCACGGAGAAGAGAAGGCACGGAGAAGAGAAGGCACGGAGAAGAGAAGGCACGGAGAAGAGAAGGCACGGAGAAGAGAAGGCACGGAGAAGAGAAGGCACGGAGAAGAGAAGGCACGGAGAAGAGAAGGCACGGAGAAGAGAAGGCACGGAGAAGAGAAGGCACGGAGAAGAGAAGGCACGGAGAAGAGAAGGCACGGAGAAGAGAAGGCACGGAGAAGAGAAGGCACGGAGAAGAGAAGGCACGGAGAAGAGAAGGCACGGAGAAGAGAAGGCACGGAGAAGAGAAGGCACGGAGAAGAGAAGGCACGGAGAAGAGAAGGCACGGAGAAGAGAAGGCACGGAGAAGAGAAGGCACGGAGAAGAGAAGGCACGGAGAAGAGAAGGCACGGAGAAGAGAAGGCACGGAGAAGAGAAGGCACGGAGAAGAGAAGGCACGGAGAAGAGAAGGCACGGAGAAGAGAAGGCACGGAGAAGAGAAGGCACGGAGAAGAGAAGGCACGGAGAAGAGAAGGCACGGAGAAGAGAAGGCACGGAGAAGAGAAGGCACGGAGAAGAGAAGGCACGGAGAAGAGAAGGCACGGAGAAGAGAAGGCACGGAGAAGAGAAGGCACGGAGAAGAGAAGGCACGGAGAAGAGAAGGCACGGAGAAGAGAAGGCACGGAGAAGAGAAGGCACGGAGAAGAGAAGGCACGGAGAAGAGAAGGCACGGAGAAGAGAAGGCACGGAGAAGAGAAGGCACGGAGAAGAGAAGGCACGGAGAAGAGAAGGCACGGAGAAGAAGGCAAGGGUAAGAGUAAGUAA